CUUCGGGGCCAACACUGAACUCUCUCUCUCUCCCCCGCUCCCUCUCUCUCUACACCAUGGAUUUACUGGAGCUCGCUAUGCAGGCCUUUUCCAUCUUCGGAUUUAUUUUAUUUAUUGUUCUCUGGCUCAUGCAUUUCAUGUCCAUCAUCUACGUCCGUCUACAUCUCAAUAAGAAGAGCAGCGAUAAGCAGCCGUACAGUAAACUGGCUGGAGUGUCGCUACUCAAACCUCUGAAGGGUGUCGACCCCAACCUUGUCAGUAACCUCGAGACAUUCUUCGAGCUCGACUACCCUAAGUAUGAAAUUCUGCUCUGUGUGCAAGACCACGAUGAUCCGGCCAUCGACGUGUGUAAAAAGCUGCUGGGGAAAUACCCGAGCGUCGACGCCCGCUUGUUUAUAGGCGGUAAGAAGGUUGGCAUCAAUCCAAAAAUAAACAACCUCAUGCCAGGUUACGAGGGAGCAAAAUACGACCUGGUGUGGAUCUGCGACAGCGGCAUUCGAGUCAGGCCCGACACGCUGACUGACAUGGCCAAUCAGAUGACGGAGAAGGUGGCUCUGGUUCACGGCCUCCCCUACGUCGCAGACCGGCCGGGAUUCGCCGCAACGCUCGAGCAGGUAUAUUUCGGAACAUCACACCCUCGCUCCUAUAUCUCUGCUAACGUGACGGGGAUUAAGUGUGUGACGGGGAUGUCGUGUCUGAUGAGGAAGGAUGUUCUGGACCAGGCUGGAGGUCUCAUCGCUUUCGCUCAGUACAUCGCUGAGGAUUACUUCAUGGCCAAAGCCAUCGCUGACAGGGGGUGGAAAUUUUCCAUGGCGAUGCAGGUAGCCAUGCAGAAUUCCGGCUCGUAUUCCAUCGCCCAGUUCCAGUCACGCAUGAUCAGAUGGGCGAAGCUGCGCAUUAACAUGCUCCCUGCCACCAUCAUCGAGCCCAUCUCCGAGUGCUUCAUGGCGAGUCUGAUCAUCGGCUGGUCGGCCCAUCACAUGUUCCGCUGGGACAUCAUGGUGUUCUUCAUGUGCCACUGUCUCGCCUGGUUCAUCGCUGACUACAUUCAGCUCCGAGGAGUUCAGGGCGGUCCUGUCUCCUUCUCCAAGCUGGACUAUGCUGUGGCCUGGUUCAUCCGGGAGUCCAUGACCAUCCAGAUUUUCCUCUCGGCUCUGUGGGACCCCACCAUCAGCUGGAGGACGGGGCGCUACCGGCUACGCUGCGGCGGCACGGCCGAGGAGAUACUGGAGGUAUAAAGGGGAAAAAGCAAACCUUGAAGCAGCGGAUACACUUAUGACAAAACAGGAGGUGAAGAAGAAAUGGGUUCGGACAGAACACUCAGAGAUAACAAAUAACUGCUCAUAAUCAUUUCAGAUUUACCUGUUGAAAGUUUUAAGAAGUGAAUUUAUUUAUUUAUUUUUUUGCUUUGUGUUUUUUUUUUUCUCCCCCUUCACGUUUUUAAGAGCCUGUGGUGUGUGUCGGCGGUGUGAAGCUGAGUGUAAUUGAGUGUUUGUUUUUGGUGCUUUUGCAGCCCUUGCACUCUGAGGCUCGGAGACCCAAAAAGAAAAAAUAUCAAAAGAUAGAGGAGGUAAAGAUAGAAGAAGAAGAGGAGGAGGAAGGCGUGUCUUAGUCAUUCAGUGAAUUUUCAUUAAAAAAAGUUUUAUUUAUGUUUUAUGUCUUGUGGUUCUGAGCAGCACUGCACGCACCGGUUUGUCAUUCGUGGUGAUUUAAAGUCAGGAUGAAUCGAUCCCGAUACCACUCUGAUAUCAUUAAAUACAUCUCCAAUACUACAUGAUGUCACGUUACGAUGAAAUGAACGCAGGUUUCAGUAUCAAUGAGUACAAAAAAAACCAUGAUUCGUUCUGAAAACACACAUGAUGUCAGUGUGAGGCGCUGCUUCAGCAGAUCAACACAGGAGGAAAGUCAAAUGCUGGAGUUUUGGUCUCAUGUCGUGGUGUUUUUUUUUUUUGUUUGUUUGUUUGUUUGUUUGUUCCCCCCCCCCUCUCCACACGUCUCUGUUGCCUUUAAAUGUUGGAUGACUGAACGUAUAAAAUUUAAUCUGCUAACAAAAAUAUUUCAACCCACAGCGUGACCCGAGCUCGAUCAGUAUUAGUGAGAGAUUUCAGUUACGGUUCAAAUCCUCCAGUCAGCACACAGUGAAACAUUUCCACCACCUACAGAGUCGAGACACCAAUAUUUAUUUGUGCCACUAGGAUUUGAUUUUUUUUAAUGCUUUAUUUUGAUCUCGUAAAUCAAGCGUCAAAGCUGAGUUCAGAUUUCAAAUUCAGCGCAUCACAUUCGCAUCAUUUCCUGACUGCUGAUUGGCUGAAACAGUUAAUGACUGAACCCAGCACAGUAUUACUCUGAAUCUGAUGAACUGAAUUUGAAACAAAAUUUUCAGCACAUUUCAAAUUUUAAUUUAUCUGAAUUCAGGGAUUAAACCUCAGAACAUGGAGUGAAAUCAGAGUCAGGAGAUUUGCUGCAUAUUUGAAAGAAAAACCAGCACCGAUUUAAUAUCAACAGAACCAGUAUAAAUUUAACCUCUUUACAAUUCAGCUUACACACACACACACACACACACAGAUAUCUAAAAGUAUUUUUUUAAAAAUCAGCUGCAGAUAUUUUACACAAAUUUAGGUUUAAGUAAAAAAUCACUUCCAGAUAUUAAAUAAAUGAUUUUAAAUCAAAGAACAGCUUCAGAUUAAAAAAAAAAAAAUCAGGUAAAUAAAUCAGUUUAAAACAGUCAGUUUCUGAUAUUAAAAUAAAAAUUUCAGGUUGAAAAAUAUAAAUGUCUGAUAUUUAAAAAAGGCUUCAAAUUGGAGGUUAAAGAAAUUCAAUUAUGAAAUACAAUUUCACUCUGAUUUAAUUUCACUCCAGAUUUUUUUUUUAAUGGAACAUGAAUCAAAUUCACAAACUCUAAAUCCUAGUGCCAUAAAUAUUCCAUUAGAAGGAACGCUGCAAGGAUUUCAAUUGUUUUGUUUUAAAUAAAUGUGCUGCCUGAUUAAGUGUGAGCCCUGAGUGGAGGCGAACCAGAACACAGUUGCACAUUAAACAUGACCUUUUAUUUUAGCUCGAUGAUGAUGAUGAUCUCGUCAGAUGGAGCUUUUCCUGUCCCAGACACACUGGAUACGACUCAUGAAGGGCUCUUGGCAGCUCUGAUCGGUCGGAUCAGACAUGUUUGGGAUGAACAAACUGGCUGAAAGGUAGAAAGUUUAGCUCCGCCCCCUGACCACACCUGUAUAGUCAUUAAUGUGGUCUGUUACUACUGACACGAUCAUGACAUGACACACAUUCCUGUUUCAGACUCACUGUCUCUUUGGUUUUUAUUUUUUCCUUCCCCACUCAGUCAGUAACAAACGCCCCGCCCCGCCCUGCCCCGCCCGACGUCUGCUGAUUACCUCACAGGAGUGUUUCUGACCAGCACGCCUGAUAUUUUAGAAUCUGUGUUGAAUCCUGUUGCAUUUCAGUGAGUGUGUACAGCCGGGUUUCCCCCCCGUGAUGCGUUUCAGUGUGAAUUACAACGUGAAGGAUGAUCUUUUGCAAAGAAGUCAAAAUUCAUUUUUAAAAACAAAACAAAAACCCUUCCUGUGUAGUAAAAUCAGACCUGCCAACCUUCAUGCACUUUUUAACCUCGGAGUAUGCUGCUACACAUCGUCCUUCAGAAAUCUUAUUUUCCUGAAUAUGACUCUGGAAUGAUUGACGGUUAUGUGGGUGUGUCCAUCUCUCUGAUAUUCGCCAACUGGCUAGAAGCCCUGCCCCCUGCCCCACGCCUUACAUUAGUAAUGUCUCGACUUCCCUGCUUGAUGAAAGAUGUGUUGAUGCAACUCUCACUUUGUGAUGGAGAACAUUUUGAGUUAAAUCUCACACUUGACAAAUAAUUGUAACAGUGGCUUUUAGUGAUGAACUGAUUAAAAUGGCAGCUGCACUCCUGCACCACUUCCUGCAAUUAUUUUCUGAUGAACUUAGUUGUUUCUCAUUUUCAAAAUGCACACAAUUUAAUCCGUCAUGACCCUGACCAGGGAAAAGAAUUCUGAAGAUUAAACAAUAAAACCAGGAAACGUACGACAUCACACGCGAGCAUCAUAACCAUAACGCGCUCCAGAAAUGUAGAAAUCAAUGUAAAAUUAUACGUAUAAAUUCUGUUUGUUGUUGGCAGGUCUGUACAUCAGCGUGAUGCUCAGGGUUUUAGAGGGAACAAACCCCCCACCCCACCCCACCCCACCCCACCCCACACACACCCCGUGCUGAUACUGACAGUAUUAUACUGGACAUGAUUCAUUUUAUUGAAGUUUUUUUUCCGUCAUUCACUCAAUUUAACAGGAGCUUAAUGUCGUAUUCGGUGUUUUGUGUAAAACCUGACACUUCAUUCCAACACCAAGUUCUUCAUCUGCUUUAUUAUUUUCUACCCUCUCCAUCACAGUACGUUUCCUUUCUCGGCCCUCAACAGUAGCGAGGGAUUUCUAAAACACAUCAGUCAGCAAUAAAAGUCUUGCACAUCUGUUAAACUUUUCAGAUUUUAUGGAACAUUUCAAAGUAUCUUCAUGAGCAAUCUAGUGAAGGUGAGCAGCGUGGAAUAACGGUGUCCCACAGUGUCGCAUGUAAAUACGUCUUAGUUCUGUAUGUUGCUCUGAAAACGCCGCCCUAGUGAUUAGAAAUAUUACAACGUGAAUUUUUGGAUCUUUGUCCGUCCUGAGCAAGAGUGUUUGAGAAGUGUGUGUGUGUGUGUGUGUGUGUGUGUGUGUGUGAGAGAGAGACACCCCCCCCCCAAUACUGUGAGUGUAUUUGUUGUGUAGCUCGAGGUGGGGAACUGGACAACACGACUGACUUUUUAAAAUAAAAAAUAAAUAAAUAAAAAAGUGUAUGUGUAAAAGGCUGGUGGUGUGACCUACGCUGCAAACACCAAAUUCCAAAUUGGGGUCACCUUUUUUCCCCUCCUUAAACUUGACACAUCAUUUUUUUUUUGUGUGUGUGUGUGUGUGUGUGUGUCUGUGUGUGUGUGUGUGUGUGUCUGUUGUGCUGUAACACCACCAGCCUCGUUUGUGUGUGAAAGUUGUAGAAAAGUCCAGUUGUGAUCCACCUUCACUUAUUUUACACACUCAAUGCUGAAGACCUGCUUUUAUAAAAUGAAUAAAUAAAAACCUGUACAGUGUAUUUAUGAAUUGUUUAGAUUGUUAAAAUGCUUACUGAAGCUUAAUUUAUUCCUGAGCUGGAUUUUUUGUUGUAGUUCCUCUUAUGCUGUAAAGCAAACCAGAACUAUGGCGCUUGUUUUUGUUAAAAUCCAACAUGUUCCUGUUUUUCCCAUCAACUGUGUGUUUGUGUGUUUAUGAGAAAAAACUUUCUAAAGUGCAGCAGGGAAACAGUCAUUAAAUUAAAGCUUUACCAAACCA